AUGCAGCAAAUCUUCGAUGACGAGAAGGAACUCAAGGAUCUAGCGAUCAAAUGCUCGGAGACUUCAAAAGAAGUGAUCGAGGAGCUUCACUUACUUCAGAUACAAGGCUCACCCCGGGAACGGCAGGCUCUGGCCAGAAGUCUCAAAGGGUUGUGGAAGAUAGGCGCCAUUGAGGACAUCCAAAAGAAACUGGAUCAGUAUCAAAAUAUUCUAGAUACACGAAAAUCGCGUCAGCUUAAGUCAACCCAGGAAGAGUCGUCUCAGAUAGAGGCUUGGGCAGUUGUUUCUCUCGCGUCGAGAUUAGAUAUCAACCCCAAGGUCUAUUCCAUCGAGCUGAAGCUUCAAUAUUCUGCUUUAUCGGUCAUAAAGCAAUUCUUAGAACAUGCACUUGCACUCAAAGAGCUUCGGAACAUUUUCAUAGCGAAGGGCACUUACUGGUAUUCUAAGGGUUUGCACCUCAGGUUUGAGAUUGAUAACUCCGGUGACCAAGAGUGGUACGCUUCGUCCCAGCAGCAAUCGAAUAAUAUCCUCAGAGCGUUAGGACUGGGAGAGGCUGCAUUGUAUGAAGCAGAAUUGAAAGACACCACAUCAGGUGUAUCUGAACUCGGUCGUGCAAUUCGGGAGGUCUAUCAAGAGCUCAAAAGCCAAUCCAUGGACUCUAAUACCUUUCCUGAUGAGGAUGACGUCCUUGGUGAAGAUGACUUGCCUCAUGACGAUGACAGCAUAUACUACUCAAUGCCAUCUACGCCUAAAGACUAG